CUUGCAAUUCGCAUGUCAGCUGUGGCAAGAAACUUCAUGAACCCUCGACUAUGCCUUGAUAGUACUCGAAUUGUUUUCGUUUUUAUUACACGUUUUUAAACAACUGGUGUUUUCUCUAGGAGUUCAUAUUUGUAUUCUUCUUUCAGGAUGGUCUUAAACGCAAAAAUAUGGAAUUUAUCUCUGUGUGGAAACUAACGUGGGGUUUCAAUCUCACCGCUGUUUUGCUUUCCAUCGUUCGGGAGUGCUGCAUACAGGAUACUGCAGCAAGUCUUUGAAAGGAUAUUUGCCCUUAAAAGAGAUUGUUUACCAUUGAGUUUCUUUUUCAGUUAGUAUUGGAGGACAGAAUACACAUUUUCACUACAGUUUUGGCAAGAUAAACAGGACAUACAGUGCUGAAAAUGGAGACUGUCAUUGAAAGAGAAUGCAGUGCACUCGGAGGACUUUUUCAAACAGUGAUAGGUGACAUGAAGAGCAGUUACCCAGUGUGGGAUGACUUCAUCAGCAAGGCCGGGAAGCUACAAUCACAGCUCAGGACGACAGUUGUCGCGGUAGCCGCCUUCCUGGAUGCCUUUCAGAAAGUGGCUGAUCUGGCAACCGGCAGCAGAGGUGGCACCAGAGAGAUCGGUUCAGCCCUCACUAGGAUGUGUAUGAGGCACCGGAGCAUCGAGGCCAAGCUCAGGCAGUUCUCCAUGGUUUUCAUCGACUGCCUGAUUAACCCUCUGCAAGACCAGAUGGAGGAGUGGAAGAGAGUGGCCAACACAUUGGACAAGGACCACGCCAAAGAGUACAAGAAAGCCCGUCAGGAGAUCAAAAAGAAAUCCUCCGACACUCUCAAGCUGCAGAAGAAGGCAAAGAAAGCUGACGUGUUCGGCCGGGGGGACAUCCAGCCCCAGCUGGACAGUGCCAUGCAGGACAUCAGUGAUAAGUACCUGCUGCUGGAGGAGACAGAGAAGCAGGCGGUCAGGAAGGCCCUGGUGGAGGAGAGGAGCCGCUUCUGCACCUUUGUCUCCAUGCUGAGGCCCGUCGUGGAAGAGGAGAUGUCCAUGUUGGGGGAGAUCACUCACCUGCAGACCCUCACUGACGACCUUAAGGCUCUGACCAUGGACCCCCACAAGCUGCCCCCCGCCAGCGAGCAGGUCAUUCUGGACCUGAAGGGAUCUGAGAGCAGCUGGUCCUACCAUACCCCUCCUUCCUCCCCCAGCACCACAACAUCCAGGAAGUCCAGCAUGUGCAGUAGUCUGAACAGCGUCAACAGCAGCGACUCUCGUUCCAGCGGCUCUCACUGCCACUCCCCCACCUCCCACUACCGCUACCGGAGCUCCGCCCUCCCUCAGCAAGGCCCCGCCCGCCUCUCCAGUGUCUCCUCCCACGACUCUGGCUUCAUCUCCCAGGAUGCCUACCAGUCCAAGUCACCUUCGCCCAUGCCCUCUGACACCCAUACACAGACCUCUGGCUCUUCAUCCUCGGCCGUCUCUGAGACUUGCCAGCCUGUCAGUGAGGGCAGCUCCUCCUCCUCCUCCUCCUCCUCCUCACCUGCCUCCUCUAAGGAGACCUGCUCCAGCACUAGGGUGGAACAGCUGUCAAACGGGCCCGAUCAUCAACAUCACGGGCCCUCCACCGCCCUCUAUCUGUCUGGCGGGGGCAUGCAGGAGGUAUACCCCGACCUCCCUCCAUCCUACCCCUCCACCCCCCUCGCCUCGCCCUCCUACUCUCCCACCUCCCCCGUGUGGGCAUGGUCGAGACCAGGUUCUGCCCUCCUGGUGGACUACCCCCCCUAUUGCACCCUGGGACCGGGCAUGAUCCCCUCCUCCAAGGUCCCCACCUGGAAGGACUGGGCCAAGCCGGGUCCAUACGACCAGCCCAUGGUGAACACCCUGAGGAGGACCAAGGAGAAGAGGGAGACUCCAAAUCCCAGCAGCCCCCAGGCCACCACACCAGGGGACGAGCCCCAGAGAGCCAAGGGAACCAAUGCAGUCACAACACCCAAGGAGGCGGAGGCCCAUGAGGAGCUGGCCCUGGCUCUAGCUCGGGGUUUGCAGCUGGAUAUCCAGCACUCCAGCAGGGACUCCUUGCAGUGCUCCAGUGGCUACAGCACCCAGAACACCACGCCCUGCUGCUCUGAGGACACCAUACCCUCACAUGUGUCCGACUACGACUACUUCUCCGUUGGUGGCGACCAGGAGACAGACCAGCCCGACUUCAACAAGUCCUCCACCAUCCCCCGCAACAGUGACAUCAGCCAGUCCUACCGCAACAUGUUCCAGGCCAAGCGGCCGGCCUCCACAGCGGACAUCCCCCCCACAGCCCCCUCCCCUGGCAGUAUUGUCACCCCCGGGGUGGCCACCAUCCGCCGCACCCCCUCCUCCAAGCCCAACCUGCGCCGGUCCUCCGGAGGAUUGGGUCUGGGCCCCAUCCCCAUCAAGCCCCCCAUGAUCCCCGUCAAGACGCCCACUGUCCCCGAGCACCCCGGGGUGUUCUUCAGAGGAGAGAGCGAGGGAGGGGGACCGCUGAGCCCCCAGAGCCCACUCUCUUCAGCGGGGGACAUCGGCUUGGUGUCUCCCAAGGCACCCUGGGACGCUCCGGCCUCCUCUGAUCCAUCCACUCCCCCACCUCAUCCUGGUAGUAGGCUGUCGGAGUGGGACCGUGAGGCCCUGCCGGAGGUUCAGGAGGAGGAGCCUGGCUGCGGCGAGGGGGAAGAUGUGCUCUUGGCCAUACGGCGAGGGGUCAAGCUGAAGAAGACGAUGUCCAACGACCGGUCGGCGCCGCGAAUAGUGUGAAAGGCUUAGUGUGCGAGGUCGGCUGCCCCUCAAUGUAGCAGAUUGAAUCACCUAGAUACAGUAACUCAGUGUCUUCGCCCUAUAGGUUUAAGAAAAGGGUGGGAUUCUAGAUGCGUGACAAUAUGCACGCUAGUUGGGGAGGAGGGAACGGACUGACAACUGCUUUGACUAUUUUCAAAUGACGAAAAAUAUCAAAUAUUUUAUUUGUAUGUACAUAUUUAUAUUUUGAUGCGUUUGUAUGUUUUGUGUUUGAUGCUCCUCUUCGUACUUUCUCCUUUUACCCGUCCACUGUCAUGAAAGGUGCCAAAAGGCUUAGAGCUUAAUUAACUUAAAUGACUUAUGAUUAAUAUUUUCUGUGAAAGCACAUAGAAGGUAUAGAAACAACAACAGAAAAUAUGGAGGUAGAAAUAUAUACAACGUAAGAUUGUGUGGCGAAAAGGGGUACAUAAAAAAAGAACCACAAUGGAAAGCGGUAUUUUACUUUUCUGUAAUAGAUGAUACUUACUAUUUUCUUUUACCAUUGAAAAAUUAAUAAAUGUGCAUGUUCUACCCCAAUGAAUUGCAACCCAAUAAACUAGACUAAAUAAAUAUGGUUAAAUACAUCCCACUAUCAAUAGGAAGCUUCUUAGUCAACAAAGAAGGACACAAGGACUUGCAAUCCUUAACAAUCUACUCAGUGGUUGUCAAUGGGUGUGACAUAAUUUGUCAGUAGUAAUAUGUUGCAAAGGUUUCUACCUUGAAUGCAACUCUGGUGUCAGUGGAAACACUCAUUGAUUGGCGGCUAUAGAAUAGAAGCCUUAUUUAAUUUAAUGUUUUUCUCUAUAAUUAAAGAAGAAAGUUCCUAUUACGUUGAGAUUAAUCAUUUAUUUCAAUACAAGUGAUGCUGUGCUAAAUGUUAUACAGAGGAUUCAUACGCAAAUAUAACUGGAAAACGUAAAAAGUGCUCGUCCUGCUGUGAAAAUACUAGUACAGUCGUGGUCAAAAGUUUUGAGAAUGACACAAGUAUUGGUUUUCACAAA